AUGACAAAGGACCUGACAUGGUUUGAAGCCAAAGAUGAGUGCGUCAAGAUGGAAAGUGCCUUGGUUGUGCCACAGUCUGACGAGGAAACCGAUUUCAUCUUGGGCUUAACGUCACACGACUUUUGGAUCAAUUGCGAUGAUCUUCUAAAAGAAGGUGCCUGGAAGUGUCGUGUUGGUAAUGACGAGGUAAAGUACAGGAAUUGGAGAGAGGACCAACCUAGCAACAACGGAGGAAACGAGCACUGUGCUGAGAUUUGCUCCACCGGAGAAUGGAACGAUGAUCGAUGUGAUAGCAGGGGAGUUCGACCCCCCGACCGACCCCACCCCACCCCCUGGAUCCGCGCCUGCCAUACUCUCAGAUCAUGA